ACAGUGCUAUCAUAGCAAGUACAAGUCAAAUUUAUUUAUUUACGAAUUUAUUUUCUAUAGUACUAUGCGAAUCGAUCAGUUUUUUAACCGGGGUUCUUUCAGUUGGUAGUCGAGAAGCGUUUAUUUGCGUAAAAUCUCUCAUGCACCUUUUUUUACUGCAGCGCUUGAUAUGGAAGGCAUGUUAGAUCGGAAGCAGGAACUGGAGUCAAGUCAUCAUCCCGAUCGUGGAAGACCUUCCACACCGUGUUAUGCAGACAGCUGCUGCGUUUGUUCAGGAAGAAGCAGCUAUCUUAUUACGAUCGCAACGCAGCGUUGCCGCCGCUUAAUCUCUACAAAUGCAUAAUCAGUCAGGCAUACGAUAAAAAGAAGGACUUUGUCUCCACUCUUCCGUCUGCAUUUGUGCGAUGUAUCCGAAUUUUUAUUUGCUGCGGAUGACGAACAGAGAAUGCGGGAAUGGAUCGAAAAGAUUUGGUUCCUUUCAGCACUGUCGCCCAACAUGCAGCUACUCAGUCUGAAGGAGGCACGCCAGGCCGGUUUGGAGGCCGGUGAUGACAGUGCGGAGAGGGCCAUUGCUUAUUCCAGGAUCCUGUCACGCAACACUCCGUCGCCACUCUUUAACGGCUCGGAACACGCCGUGCCCGUGCCAAAGUCGCGAGUUGUUUGAGGCUUUUAGCUCGCCGGAGAGUAAUGGACAUUCGUCUAACGGAGUGCCGGACGUUCCGGAGCUGGCUCUCGAAAGCAAUUCUGAAUCGACUGUGCCAAAGCCACGUGUCGGACGCAGUGAAUCUUUUGGUGGUGAUAUGGACAAUGAUGUGGUGGAUAGCCGGGAGCGUGCCAAGACCAGUUCCAGUAUCCUGGGCCACGAAGGGCCGAGUAAAUCCCAGCGCAGCGUACCGGUCGGAUCCAGUCUGCACGCGCCGGAAAUCCGCCAAUGCGGAGAAACACGGGAGUCGCGUGAGUUUGGUGGGCCUGUUUAAACGACGCCAUGAUAGCGAUAAAGCGUAAAGAACGACAGGAUACGAACUGUGUGAAGAUUGUUUUUCCAUUGUUGGUGCACAAUACAGCGGGGUUGUUUUGUUUUCUUGCCAAGGUUGGUCAGGCGAGCUGAUUUUGGGAGUUGGUGUCUCAGGAUGUUGUUUUUGUGGUUGAUGGGCACAGGAUGGUGAAAUGUUCCUAAGUGGUCUUGUUUGCCAGUAGAUAUAGUUUUUUAGGUAAUUCCUUGCCGUUUAUCGCGAUAAUUCCAUUUAACUGUAAUUCCUUUUUUUUUACUUUUUCUGCUAAUAUUGGCUGGCUUCCCUUUGCCCUUUGAUCGUUAAGAUGAUUUUUCGUUAAAGACAAGACUUUAAUAAAGUGUGAA